AUUCGUGGUCGGUAUCGCACUAUCGCCGUAUCAGUGAACUAUUCACCACACUCCUAAUGAUUAUCAUCAAUUAUUUGUUCAUUUAAAACAACGUGGAAUGUGGAUUUAAAUUUUAAAAUUUGAUACAAAUGUUUCAUUAUCGAGCAUCUUAAUUUUGUAUCUGUUUCUUUUGAAAUGCUAACUCAAGUUGCCAAGUAGUUACUAGUUAGUACCGCGGUUGUAGUACUGUUGCUGACACUUGCUGUAUCAGGCUCCACAGUAUUUACUAUUUAGCACGUGCUAUUUUGAAAUUGUUAAAUAGUUUGAUUCGAUAGAGAAUUAAAUUAUUAAUAUUUAUUAGUUACUUUCAAAUUUUUUUCCCACUUUGAUAGACAAGCAUAUCAUGGUUGUAUUCACGUGUAAUAAUUGUGGCGAUUCAGUGAAUAAGCCUAAAGUGGAUAAACACAUUCAGUAUGAAUGCAAACGUAAAAAUUUUGCAGUUAGCUUCUGUUGUGUCGACUGCUUAAAAGAUUUUAAUUAUGAGACUGUGAGAGACCAUUGUCAAUGUGUAACUGAAGACCAGAGAUAUUCUGCCAAAGGCUAUGUACCUAAACCGUCAGCUGAAAAAGGAAAACGUAAACAAGCUGGUUGGGUUGAUAUUGUUCAAUCAGUAAUGAAUAAUAAAGAUUUGCCUAAUGAACAAAGAAACUUUUUGAAUAUCAUAGCCAAGUUUGAUAAUGUCCCGAGAAAAAAAAAUAAAUUCCAGAACUUUUGUUUUUCCACAGCUCCUGCUUAUAGAAAAAAAGGAUAUAUAGUUGACCAAGUAUUUGAUAUUAUAGAAGCUGAGUAUAAAGCACAACUACCUCAGAAUUUAAAUGAAAAAUCAGUUGAUAAUAAAUCAGAGAAUUUGUCAAACAAUGAUUCAAUUCAAAAAGAAUCUCAAGAAAUUAAUAAUAAAAUAAACAUUGAAAAUGAUGAAAUAAAUAAAAGUUUAAACGGCAAUAAUGAAACAGAGGAAACACCCAAAAAGAAGAAGAAGAAAAGUAAACAAUCCCUUGAUGCAUUAGAUUAUGAAACUGAAUCUAAAUUGAAUGGAAAUGCUGAACCACAAUCAGCAAAGAAAAAUAACAUAACGGAAGAAGCUCAGCCUAGCUCAGCUAAAAAGUCUAAAAAAAAUAAAAAAAAUUCAGAAAACAUUGAUAGUGAAUCUAUCGAAAUUCUAAAUGGCGAUUGUAGUAGUGAGGAAACACCAAAAAAGAAAAAAAAAAGUAAAAAAUCACUUGAGGCAGUAAUUUCUGAAACUGAAACAAAAUCAGAUGUUGAGCAACAAUCAGCAAAGAAAAAGAACAUAUUAAAAAUUAACUCUGGAACUGAAGACAAUUUAAAAGUAGAAGAUAAGAACACAGCGGAUGCUCAGCCAAGCUCAGCUAAAAAGUCUAAGAAAAAAAAAUCUGAAAUAGAAGUAACUAAUGAUAAAAUUAAUGAUGUUGCUCUCAAAACUGAAGAUAUAUGUAAUGAAAAUGGUGUAUCACUUGGGGAAAAUAGUAUUCUUCAAGAAAAACCUGAAUCAGCAAUGAGUAAAAAAGAAAAAAAAGAAUUGAAAAAGAAAAUGAAAUAUCAACUAGAAUUAUCAACUGUUACCAAUGGCAUAAUAGAAUCAGAUAAAGAACCUAUAUCAAAAAAGAAAAAAAGGAAGUUAAAUAAUAAUGAAGAAAAUGAAGAACCAAAACAAAAAAUUUUGAAAACUGAAGAUGUCCCUCAAGUUCCAGAAGUACAGUCCGGCCGUAAAUUUGAGUGGAAUGAAGCUAUUAGUCAAGUGUUACAAACAAAAAAAAACAAACCAAUUUCAUUAAGUAAAGUGAUGAAACGAGUUUUGAGUGAAUUUCAUUUUUUGAACGAAGCUAAAAAAUCUGAAAGUGAUCUAGAAAAGAUAUUUCUGAAAAAAAUUAGGAAAAUGAAAAAUUUUAUGAUUGAAAAUGAUAAAGUACAAUUAGUAGAAUGUUAAUUUAGUAUUUUAAUUCUAUGUAAUGUACAUUUAACUGGUAUUUUAGUUUAAGACUUCAUUAAUAAACAACUUAAUAUCACAUCAUAAAA